GUUUCGCCCGACGCUUACCCGUUCGCCUCGCGACCGCGUUUCGGACGGAAAAACCGCCGGGAAGGUUCGGAAAAACCGUGGCUCUGUGACUCUCCACGCAGUUUCUCGUUUCGACCGCGCCCGACGGCGAAGAGAGGAUUCAGCUCAUUUAGAGCGUAUCCUUGCUGGACACGCAGGCGAGUUCGCUGCGUGAAUUGAGUGCGUGUGUCUUCGUGAAUCGAAUUCCAUGUCGCCGUGAAGCCGUGAGCGGGAAGCUCGCUUCGGAAAAUUGCGCGUCGCAAUAUUAGAUUGAUGCGAAAGGUUGGACUUUGUUUUCCUCAAGCAAAAUCUGAAACGAAAUUAUUCCAUUUCGACAUAAACUGUUUCUUCUCAUUCCUUUUUCGCAUUUAUAUCUUCUGUAUAUCUUCAUUGUAGAUCAACAUCGUUUUCUAUUUGCAAUUAAAUGCUUAACUAAUGAUUUCCCCGGACUUUUUGCGUCUAUCUUCGUUUGGGAAUAUCUUUAUUUUUGCUUUUAUCCACCUUUAUGACGAGCUUCUUUUAUACAUAAAAACAAUUUCCUCGUGUUAUAUAAAUUAAUUAAUCAUUUUUACAAAUGAAUUGAACAACAUUGACGUGAUAUUUUUUUUAAGUAACUUUUGUUUUCCUUUUAAUAGCCAAACAUCCGACGAGAAUAUAAUAGAAAAAUGACAAACCUUUUGCACCAAUCUAAUAUACAUACACAUAAGUGUUGAGCAUUGAUCGAUGGAAAUUUUCUUUGUCUAAGAUAAUCGACAAUACAAUAAUCAAAAUUAAUCAAUAGUCAUAUAUAAUAUCACAAAUAAUUUCAUUGAUUGAUGAAAUUAUCACUCAAACUUUGAUUGUGAUUAAUUAUAUGUAUAGUCAAUGUAAUUGAUUAUACAUGUAUCAGUGUAUAAUUAAUUGUAUUGAUUACAGCGUAUAAUUAAUUACAUCAAUCAAUCAAAUAUAUUGAUUCUACCCGAGUUAAAAUUUCAAUUCUAUUUCCGACUUUUUUAAUUAUCUUAUUUCAUUUAAUGUAUACUUUGAUAUAUUCUGAAAUCUAUAUCAACCAAGCCAAAUAUCUUUUUAUUCUACUUGAGAACUUUGCCGAAAGGUCUCCUGUUUUAGAACCCACAACUCGCAUUUUAUGCGUUUACUGCCAUUUAAAGGCGCUAAGUAGAACUUUAGAGUCCCUAUGUAUAUUAAACUAUGUAUACAUACACUGACCUUUCAGAAUAUAUAAAUAUGAGAAAGUUCAGAUCGAAAAUAGAGCUAAAAUUCCGACUCGACUACACUGAUUAAUAAUGAAUUUCAUUAAUCGAUUAAAUUAUUCGUAUUUACAUGUAUGUGACGAUGGAUUAAUUUCGAUGAUUGAUUUGCCGAUUAUUUUAGGGAAAAAAAAUUUUAACCAUUAAUGCCCACAUCACUGAUAGGAUAGACUCGGGUAUGAUAACUAUACGGGAAAGAAGAGAAGGCCAUAAGCUGUACUUUCUCUAAUAAUUGCUAAAUAAUAGGUUUUAGCACCUGAGUGUACGCAUAUGAACUACUGUAAAUAUCGAUUAUCUUUGAAAAUGACUACAAACGCGCAGUAUUUUGGCAAUUAUUGCAGAAAUUAUAAUCUAAUGACCGUCUUUUCCGAGUUCACCCUAUAUAUAUACACACACACGCGCGCGCGUUUACGGAGUCGUGCGUCUUUAAUUCGCGCGAACGCGAAAGUCCGCGUCAUUUUCUCGCCGAGUCGACAAAGCCGCGCGUAUCAGCUCACACGAGCGCGAAUUCGUGCACUUUUAAUCCGCGCCUGCGACUCGACACGCGUAAAUUCACGCGCGCGUCCGCAAUUAGCGCGUUCGCGCAAACAUCCGCGCGCCGACGGAUCCGCGACGUUUACGAGUCCUCACUUUUGCAAAUCGCGUUAUCGUCGCGGGCCCAAUUAAUCUGCGAGCCGCGUCACACUCGCGCCGAUAAAUUCACGUGCGUCCGCAAUUCGCGCGCCCAUAAAUCCACGUGUCCGCAAUACACGUGCUCGCACGUCAUGGCGCUGAUCGCGAGCUGCCUCCCUCCUGUCCCUCCUAAUAUCGCGUGAAAGCGGAUCGCAAUGUGCAUUGAGUGCGUCCUGACGCUCUCACUAUAUAUCACUCGAUAGCGGCAUUAGCUCGCAUGGAAGCGUCUCCGUGACGGAGACGCGCCGGAGUCGCGGAGGGUGGACGCCGCGCGGGGGGGCGCAGCCCUUGGAUCAUGGCGCGCGUCACCCUUGCGGCGCUCACGUUUGUUUCGCUAAAACUUCGAUCGGACGCUUUGAGGCAUCGGGAAGACCCAGUGAGUAGCAAGGAUGCGUCGUUUCUCGCAAGGACCCUACUACUACACCAUCGGCGAGCAGCUGCGAUGGCGGAUGACGAACGUGCAACACUCCCGCAUCGGAUUUGCGAACGUGAGGAAGGUGUGCAGGAGCUGCAGGUGUCCGCGGGAGGAGCACCAGCGGGCUUCGACGGAGGCGGGAGGUCCCUCGGGACUCGGCCUGGGCCCGGGCCCGCCGAUGGCGAUGGCCAUGGCGUUCCCGAGCGGCGCCGGCGGCGCGCCUCACCAGGAGCCGUUCAAGAGCCCGGUGCAAGCCGCACCGGCCGGCCUGGCGCUGCAGGAGGCCCUGAUGCACCACCAGAGGCAUUCGCAGAGCGACGACGACAGCGGGUGCGCGCUCGAGGAGUAUACAUGGGUGCCGCCCGGGCUGAGGCCCGACCAGGUGCAUCUGUACUUCAGCGCGCUACCGGAGGACAAAAUUCCCUACGCGGGUAGCGCCGGCGAGCGGGAACGGGUGAAGCAACUGCUGCAGCAGCUACCGCCGCACGACAACGAGGCGCGAUACUGCAGCGGCCUGUCCGAGGAGGAGAAGCGCGAGCUGCGGGUUUUCGCCGCGCAGCGGAAACGCGAGGCCCUGGGCCGCGGCCACGCGAACCAGCUUGAGCGGCCGCACGGCGCGGGAUGUCGAGAAUGUGGCCGUGCGAUUGCGGCCGGCGAAAUGUCUGUUGCUGCGAGUCGUGCUGGACCAACAGCACUUUGGCAUCCCGCAUGCUUCAUCUGCUGCGUCUGCCGCCAAUUAUUAGUAGACCUAAUCUAUUUCUGGAGAGACGGCAGGCUAUACUGCGGCCGUCACCAUGCCGAGACACUCAAACCCCGUUGCUGCGCGUGCGACGAAAUUAUCCUCGCCGACGAGUGUACCGAGGCCGAAGGCAGAGCGUGGCAUAUGCGCCACUUCGCCUGUCUGGAGUGCGAUCGACAGCUCGGCGGCCAGAGAUACGUAAUGAGAGAAGGUCGUCCGUACUGCUUGAGAUGUUUCGAUGCCUCCUUCGCUGAAUACUGUGAUAGCUGCGGGGAGCCUAUCGGCGUGGACCAGGGGCAGAUGUCACACGAGGGCCAGCACUGGCACGCCACCGAGUCAUGCUUCAGUUGCGCGACGUGUCGCAGCUCUCUUCUAGGCCGGCCAUUUCUGCCACGCCGCGGAGCUAUUUACUGCAGCAUAGCGUGCAGCAAGGGUGAACCGCCGACAACACCGAGCGACUCCUCCGCCGGCCCGCCGCCGCCGCCGCCCUCUUUCCUCAGAACCGGUAGGAGGCAAACGGUGGCUACGAGCGAGGGUUCGUCGAGUCCACCGCCUCCACCUCCACCGCCUCCACCUCCGGGCUCGAGACACACUCUGGGAUCGCCCAGGAACUCGCCUCGGAUGACCAGGAAGCACCAACAAGUUUCCGCUUCCUUGGCGACGACGCCCACCCAGAGCACUCUGAGCCCCGAAUUCGUCGUGGAAGGCUUCCCCUCCAGCGGGUCCAGACCCAGCGGCCUCGACAGGGUACUGCUAGAGCGGAAUCUCGAGAGACUGCUGCAAGAACGCGGUUCCCAUCCCGACGAGAACCGCAGCGAAUUGGGAAGGUUGAUGCAAGCGCGGGACCGAGAGCCCCUCAGAUGUGUUCAGAACUGCACUCCUUCCCACGCGUCGAGCAUGCCGGAACUGCCGCCGCCCCCGCGGCCGUCGUCGGGAGCGUCGGCGUCGACAUCGACCGCCGGCGCAGCGUCCGCCUGCGUGUUGGCGCAGGAGACGGCGACGUCGCCGGUCAAUCUCGUCGGAGCCAGCCAGACGGAUCCACCGACGCCGACGUCGCGACGCGUGCGAUUCCAAGGGGACCUGGACGUCAACGAUCACAGCGCGACGUCGCGCAUCCCCCUCUCGCCGACGAACGACCGGAACUCGUCGUCGUCGCCUUCCCCACCUCCCGCGUCGUUGACGAGAAUGAACGUGUCCCGAUCGAGGAGUCUGCAGCCCGAGGAAGUCGCCAGCACGUCUACUUGGGGCACGGCGGGCACCUCCAGGUCGAGGAUGGACGGCGAUGACGACGACGUCGAGAGCUGCUGUUCGACGUGCAGCUCGUCCAGCAGCUCGGACGAGGCCGCGGCUUACGCGUUGCCGCCGCGGCGCGCGUACGGCGGCGUCCGGAUCUCCUACGUGCCGAACGACGCGGUGGCGUGCGCGAGGAAGCGCGCGCCCGCGUCCUCGUCGUCGUCGAACCAGGCGCAGAAGGACACCGAGAAGUGCGUCGUAUCCUGAUGACUCCUCCGACGAUCUAUGUGCUCCGACGUCGUCACCCGGCCGUCAUUGUGGACCGACCAUCGUCGUCGGUAAACGAGAGACGAGCGGUGAGAGGACGCGCGACGGGGAAACAGAGUUCCUACGAAGUGGACGCACUUCUCGAGAUCUUCUUCCGAAGCGUCGCCGACGGCGUACGCGCUCUGCCUCGUGCCUGCACGUGCGAGACACGUGGACGCGUUCGUGCGCGGCAACGCCACAACAAAAUACUCAGUUUGUUCGUGUAAAUAUCGAUGAGCUCUCUUCCGGGAAGGCCGCGACGCGACGCGCCGCCUCGUCCCGGCGCGGCCUGUCUCCCUUUAUUUUUAAUACCCCAUUAAUGUAUUUGAUAAUAAUAACGAUGACGAUAAUAAACCGCCAUGUUGUGUC